UUCUGAUUAUCUCUCACACAACCAUGGCCCCAGGAGACAUUGAGAAGACCGUGUCCAUCGGCACCGAGGUCACCGGCACCUCGUACGGCAACGAGAAGCACGCCGAGACGGCGCACGUUACUGGCGCCGAGGCCGGCCUCGACCCCAUCUUCGAGUCCAACUUCGAGGUCGACCCCUUCCACCAGCAGCGUGACGCCAAGGACGACGGCGACUAUGUCGACUUCCGUACCAUGGGCUGGUUCCGCGCUGGUCUGAUCGCCACUGCCGAGAACAUUGCCCUCGGUAUCCUCUCCUUCCCCUCCGUCUUCCAGCGUCUCGGUCUCGCCGGCGGUAUCAUCACCACCCUCGGCCUCGGCACCGUCGCCUUCCUGACUGCCUGGAUCAUGGUCGACUUCAAGGUCCGCCACAUGGGUGUCAUGCACUUUGGUGACGCUGGUGGUGUCGUGUUCGGCAAGUGGGGUGCGCGCAUCUUUGGCUGGGGCAUGGUUCUCAAGGCCACUGGUCUCGCCGGCUCUCACGUCCUCGUCGGCCAGACGGCCUUCGACUUCAUGACCAACCACGCCAUGUGCAACGUGUGGUGGGGCUUCAUCGUCACCAUUGUGUCCAUCGUCAUGUCGUACAACCGCCAGUGGCACAAGCUCUGGUGGCUCUCGUUUGUUUCCCUCGCCUGCAUCUUCGUCGCGUCCUUCAUGAACAUGAUUGGCGUCGGCAUCGGCCGCCACUCGGACAAGCUCACGGCCCAAAUCGCCAAGAAGCCCGUCUCGUACCACGCCGCGCCUACCCACGCGACCCUCACCGACGUCCUCGGUGCCUUCACCAACAUUGUCUUUGCGUACGGCGGUAACAUGGCCUGCUUCUCGUUCUGCUCCGAGAUGAAGAAGCCCAACGACUUCAAGAAGUCGUUCGCCAUGUCCCAGAUCGUCGCUACCAUCUCGUACAUUGUCGUCGGCACCGUCAUCUACUGCUACGGCGGCGACUACACCACCUCGCCCGCCAUCGGCAUGCUCGACCACAAGCUCGGCAUUGCCGCUUACGCCUUUGCCUUUGUCACCAUCAUGGUCUCGGGUAUCCUCGGCGCCAACGUCGGCAUCAAGUACAUCUACGUCACGACCCUCCGCAACUCGCCCCUCCUCACCUCCAAGUCGUUCAAGGCCCAGAUGUACUGGAUGCUCAUGGUCGCCAUCAUGUGGAUCGCCGGCUUCAUCCUCUCCGAGCUCAUCCCCUUCUUCAACCCCCUCCUCACCAUCGUCUCUUCCCUCUUCUCCGUGUGGUUCGUCUGCGGUGGUGCCGGCUUCCUCUGGAUCUACGACAACCACCCCCGCUUCCAGAAGGAGGGCGAGAAGGAGCGUGCCAUUGACACCCCUUCCAAGUGGUUCUUCUACAUCUUCUCCCUCUUCGUCAUUGCCAUCUCGUGCGCCAUCACGCCUCUCGGUCUCUACUCGGCCGGCAUGAGCAUCAAGACCGGCUACUCGAAGGGCACCUUCCACCACCCCUUCGCUUGCGCGUCGUAAGGUCCACCAGUCUUUGUGUAUUUAAGACUCUUCUCCUCCUCUUUGUUAUUGUAGGCGGUAUCUACAGUAACUCUGGCCGUGGCAUCGUUGCCACACAAUAUUAGCUCUCAUAAACUGUAUUCAGGGGGCGUAUGCAAUAAUGUACCAUA